AUGAGAGAGAUUAUUCACGUUCAAGUUGGUCAAUGUGGUAACCAAAUUGGUCAAAAAUUCUGGGAAACCAUCUCUCAAGAGCAUGGUCUUGACACCAACGGUACUUACGCUGGUGACAAUGAUCUUCAAUUGGAACGCAUCAAUGUCUUUUACAACGAAGGCUCUGGCGGUCAAUAUGUCCCUCGUUCCGUUUUGGUUGAUCUCGAACCUGCUACCAUGGACUCUGUUCGUUCCAGUCCUUAUGGCAAGCUUUUCCGUCCUGAUAACUUUAUCUUUGGCCAAAAUGGUGCUGGUAACUCUUGGGCCAGAGGUUACUAUACAGAAGGUGCUGAAUUAGUCGAGCAAGUUUUGGAUGUUGUUCGCAAGGAAGCUGAACACACGGAUUGCUUGCAAGGUUUCCAAUUAGCCCACUCCCUUGGUGGUGGUACUGGUUCUGGUCUUGGCUCUCUCUUGCUCUCCAAGAUUCGUGAAGAAUACCCUGAUCGUAUGCUCUGUACUUACUCUGUUGUGCCUUCUCCCAAGGUCUCUGAUACCGUUGUCGAGCCUUACAAUGCUGUUUUGUCUGUCCAUCAACUCGUUGAGAACUGUGAUGCUACCUUCUGUAUCGAUAACGAAGCUCUUUAUGAUAUCUGUUUCCGUACUCUCAAGUUGAACAACCCUGGCUACGGUCAACUUAACGAAUUGGUCUCCACCGUCAUGUCUGGUGUCUCUACCAGUUUGCGUUUCCCUGGUCAACUCAACAGUGAUCUGCGCAAGUUGUUUGUCAACAUGGUUCCCUUCCCUCGUCUUCAUUUCUUCAUGGUAGGCUUUGCUCCUCUCACUGCUUUCGGUUCUCAACAAUACCGCAACUUGAGUGUCCCUGAAUUGACCGCUCAAAUGUUUGAUGCUCGUAACAUGAUGGCUGCCUCUGAUCCUCGCCAUGGUCGCUACUUGACCGUUGCUACCAUCUUCCGUGGUCGCUUGUCUACCAAGGAAGUUGAGAACCAAAUGUUGGCUGUUCAACAAAAGAACUCUUCUUACUUUGUUGAAUGGAUUCCUAACGGUGUCAAGACCUCUCUUUGUGAUAUUCCUCCUGUUGGUCUCAAGAUGUCUGGUACCUUCAUCGGUAACAGUACCGCCAUUCAAGAGUUAUUUAAGCGUGUCAAUGAUCAAUUCACUGCCAUGUUCAGAAGAAAGGCUUUCUUGCAUUGGUACACUGGCGAGGGCAUGGAUGAGAUGGAAUUCACUGAAGCUGAAUCCAACAUGAACGAUUUAGUAUCUGAAUACCAACAAUACCAAGAAGCCACUGCUGACGAUGAGCUCAUGGAAGAUGAGGAUUACCUUGAGGAAGACGAGAUUCUCGAAGAAGAAUAA